AUUGUCCUUUGUAGUUUGAAAAGUCAGUGUAUACUCAAUUUGUGGGAAUGCAUAGACAAAGUCUACAAAAUUCGUUUUGAGGAUUAAUGUUCAAGCUAUUGAGGGCUAUUUACUCCUUUCUCUAUCCCAAAUAGACAAAGGCAUUAGAAAAUAAAAAAAAUUGGGGAAAUACGAAGUUAAAUUUUAGUGUUUUAACAAUAAUGAACGGAAUUUGCCGGACAUGUUUCGAUCCCGGAGAAAAAGAGCUUUACAAUCUGGUCGAUGAAGAUGAGACAGAUUCGAAGACGCUGCUAGAACUAUUAACAGAAGUCGUAAAGUUGGAGAUACCAAUAGACGGUCCGCUACCGAAAAUGAUUUGUGCUGACUGCACGAAAAGUCUUAAAGAGGCGCACAAAUUUAUAACUCGGGUUCAUCAUGUAAAUGAGAGAUAUAUGAAAUUUCUCGCAGAUGGCCAGGAAGAUCCCCUUUUAGAAAACGAUGUGGGGAACAAACUUUCGGACUGUUUGGAAGAGUCUGCGAUUGAUAUGCCGGUUGACCACUAUUUGGACGACAUUAAAUUAGAGGUGGUGGGGGACCAGUAUGGUAUUUUGCUGUUGGAUAAAGAUGUUUCCGCUCAGUUGGAGAAAAAUGACAAGGUAUCAUCGGAGUUCAUAAAAAGCUCCAACAGAUGCACUCUUAAGGAAAUGCAGCAUGAAAGUGAUGAUGAAAUAUAUGAAUCUGGAAGAGACAGCCCCCUGGGUAUUGGCGACGAAAGUAAUGUCCAUGGUUAUGGGGAAAACGAUUCGUCUGACGAUGACUACGAACCCACAAAAAGAAUAAAAUCAGAAGAGGGAUACAGGAAACCCUCUUCAAAAAGAACAACAAAGACGAAAAGUCCACUUUUAGACUGCUAUAAAAGCAUCAAACAUAUUGGAGAUCGAUAUGGAUGUUACAUGUGUGACCAAACAUUUCCCCAGCGCAAAAUCUGCGCUCGACAUAUUGCUUCAAAACAUCUAAAGGAAAGUAUAUUUCUGUGUGAAUACUGCCCUGAAGUAUUUAACCGAGAGGACAAGAUACGACUGCAUGGAAAACGCAUGCAUCCCGACAAACCCAGGAUAUUGGAAGCAGAGGAGGUGUCACAUAUUGUCAAUAACUCGGAGAAAUCGUCCACUGAGGAAGAGGAUUACCAUCAACGGGAUAAAGAUUCUAAUAAAAGGCCACAAAGGAAACGAAGAGUUGGUCGACAAGCUCCGGAUUACUUCGACAAAAUACGGCAAGUGAACGACCGAUUCGCAUGUAUUAUUUGUGAAAAAACUUUCUCCUUGCGAAAAGACUGUGGCCGACACAUAGCAUCUAUACAUUUAAGAGAAAUAACCUUUCCAUGUGAGUAUUGCGGCCAGCAUUUCAGCCGUAAAGAUAAGGUGAGGCAUCACAUUAAGCGCAUGCAUUGCGAUAAAUCCACGUAUCCUAAGAGCAAGCGCAAGGAGUGGAUGUUUGGAGACCGGUUAUACAGUAGACCAACGGAAUGGCUAAUGGUGGAGUGCAAACUCUGCAGUAUGCGUUUUAGUUCUACUAAAGAAUUAAAAAAUCACAUGGAAACUCACAACAAAAUCGAUUCUAUGAUACAUCUUCGAAUGGACAGUGAGGUUAUUACGCAUUUGUUCCCGAAUGAAUUCAAUUUGGGCAGCGUUAAAGAAUUGAUAUGUAAGGACAUUGAGGAAGGUCGGUGGUUUCAAUACUACGCAGUUUUAAAUGAAUUCUCGUAUGAAAUGUCUAUAAGCGACACUGAACCAGAGGAUUUAAACGCGGAAAUGACAAUGCCUAAAUAUAAGUGUGAAAUAUGUGGUCUUGAGUGUCGAUUUCAACAUGAGGCGUUCAACCACUUAAAACAGGAUCAUGAAAAUGAAGAGAUGCCUCUGAAAUGUGGGCUAUGUAAAUUAGAUUUUAUAUCGUCGAAAAUGUUUGAUCGCCACUCCCGUAUUCAUUGCCGUAACAGGAGUAAAAUUCUACUGUGUACCAAAUGUCCUGCCAAAUUCGUAUGGCCAGAAAACAUGAGAAACCAUAACUGUGCAUCAAAACCCGAGAUCAACAGCGAAGACAGGGAGAUUUUUAAAUGUGAUAUUUGCAACCGACCAUUCGAAGUCAAAACUAAAUUUUUGAAACAUUUAGAGAGACAUGAAUUAGAAGAUAGCUCAAACAAAGCUAUUAUUCGAUGUGGCCUCUGCCCACAAACAUUCGAAAAAUUGAAAAAUCUCCGAGAUCAUAUAACACAGCACGCGGACGGUGUAACUGGCAUCGAUUUUCACAAUGGCAUUUAUUUUAAGAGAUUUGAACGGUCAAAAACUCACGACCGUGCAUUGAUACAACAGGAAAUACAAAAUGCAUUCGAGAAAUCUCAAAUAAGCCGAUUCUAUAGGGCUUUAGACAAGGAUGGAAUGGAAAUGGACAUUAUGGAUUCCGACAGCGACCCUGAGUCAACAUCUUUAAUAUACAAAUGUGAACUAUGCCUCACGAUGUUUGGAAAGAGGAAGGCUUUGUUGAAUCACCAAAACGAACAUCAUUUAGGAAUUCCCUUACCGUAUGCGUGCAAGGAUUGUACAAAGGAAUUCGUAAGUGAUGACUUGCUUCAGCAACAUAAAUUUAGGGAAUGCUGGAAUGAAUUUCGACGAGUUGCGCAGCAAUGUGAAUACUGCAAUGCUCGUUUCAUAUGGCCGAAUAAUUUGGUUAAGCACAAGGAAAUAAAGCACAAACAUCAGAAACAACCUCGCCCAAAACGUGCUAGCACUUUGAAAUGUGAAUAUUGCGAGAAAGUGUUCAUUUGGCCGAAAGACUUGGUUCGACAUCGAAAAACGCACACUGAAGGAAAAAAGUUUGGCUGUCCACACUGCAAACGAAGGUUCCAGAGAAAGGAUAACCUUCUCGCUCAUAUACGUACUCACGACGCUAGUAGCAUGCCAUUGAUAACAAACUGCAAUAAGGCUAUUGAGUACAUUCUUCCACACUUAGCUAAACCUCACGGAUGCAAGCGUAUACGUUGCAUGAUAUGUUUUUCAGAACACGCGCACAUUCGCGAUUUACGUUCACAUUUGCGGUCUCACCAAUACGAGAUUAACUUCGAAAAACGCAAGGAAAACGAGAGCAUAGAUCAUAUAUCAAAAAAAAUCUAUCCCGAAGAAGGGUCAAUGUGCGAGGUGGACUUGUUCAGAAAAAUUUCCGCUGAUAUUGCAGCUGAACGGAAUUUGGAACGGUUCUACUCAAUCACAAACGAAUACGGCUAUGAAGUUAGUCUGGACAGUUCGGAAACCGAGAGUGGUGACUCGGAGGAUGAUAGAACCGAUGGUAAAAGUAAUGAUAAGAAUGCAAUUAGCUUAUUAAAAUCAAACCGUGUCUACACGUGCGACAUUUGCCCGCAGUUAACUUUUGAUCGGAAGUACAAGGUUUAUGAACAUCAUCAGAAUGAACAUAAGUGGGAAGAUGGUCGACAUAUUUGUAUUUAUUGCAACGCUCGUUUCUUGUCAUCACUUAUGUUAGAACUACACUACAAAACUCAAUGCAAAAACACAAAAAAACGACACACUUGUCGACGUUGUCCUCUUCGUUUCAUGUGGAGGGACAACCUUAAGACACACAUUGCGAUGGAGCAUCCGAACGAGGCAGCAAAAGAGGUAGAUACAAGCCGCACUUUAAUGAAAAUUUGUCCACUGUGCCAAACCAAGUUCUGCACCCAAAAAGAACUAACGCAACAUAUGUCUUUAACUCACCCAGCGGAGUCAGAGCUGCGACACUGCUUCUUAUGUCCCAAAACCUUCUAUACUUUUGAACACCUUAAUGAGCACUUGACACAACAGCAUUGUUUAACCCAAGAUAGUGUCAAUAGCGUCGAAAGCAUUGCCCCAUUGCUCUGUCCUAACGGGAAGAAGUUUAUUAAGUGCAAAAUUUGCUCUUCGGAUUUCCGAACAAUGGCUAAUCUUAGUGAUCAUUAUUCGCUUAGUGUAUGCACAGUCCAACCAUCGGCUACUUCUUAUUCGAUAACAAACCAAAAGGGAUUCGAAUUGCACUUAGAUUUGGAUUCCGAGACGGAAGCAGAAGAAAAUACCCACGCUGAAGCCAAAGAUAUUGACCAACGAUACAUGUGUUCACUGUGUAACUUGUCUUUUGGGCGCAAAUACCAAAUGACUCAGCACCAACGAUCAAUGCACUUCUACGAACAUUUGCCUUUGAAAUGUGAAAAAUGCAUUUUUAGAACAUCGUGCCAGAAACUUCUAGAAUAUCACACAUCGACUCAGUGUUACAAUGUAGACAAACAAUAUCAUUGUAGCAUUUGCAAAUUCAAGUUUAUGUGGCAAGAAAAUUUGGAACUUCAUCUGGACUUGUUUCAUAAAAAAAGUGACGAGCAAGUCGAUGAUCCAACAACUGCGACAAUCGGAAACCAUAGUCAGAUAGAAACCCAUAAAGGUGAAACAAAUAUAUUUGAGUGCAUGCAGUGUCAUCGUCGUUACAACCGUAGAGAUCGUUACAAGGCACAUUUUAGAAAAUUUCAUAACAAUGAGACUUUUAGCCAAGAUGAAUCCCUGAAAAUCCGAGAGCGUGGAAAGUCUUCGCCAAAUAAUAAAACUAAAAACUUUUUAUGUGCUUUUUGCGGUGUAUCAUUUUCAAACAACUCAAAUCUUACCGUUCACAUGAGACGACAUACGGGUGAGAAACCUUUCAAAUGCGAUCUUUGCGAAAUGGCAUUUCCGCGAUCCUCCGACCUGCAGUCUCAUCGACGCACUCAUACUGGAGAAAAACCUUACAAAUGCUCUCAUUGUGAAAAAUCGUUUUCAAGACAAUAUAAAUUAAAUGUGCAUAUGCGCAUUCAUACAGGCGAGCGGCCAUAUUCUUGCACGUAUUGUGCAAAAAGUUUUACUCAGUCAAAUGAUCUAACUCUACAUCAUCGUCGACACACCGGGGAAAGACCUUAUUUGUGUAACAUAUGUGGAGAAGGUUUUAUUUGUGCAACAUCUCUAAAGCAGCACAAAAAUUCCAAAGGCCACUAUGAAACCGCUGAUUCGGAAAAUGAACGUGGACAAAAUUUAUCAAAUUUCGAGAUGAACUUCUGAGAAGCCACAUGACAUGAGACCCUGGAUAGAUAUAUAGAUGUACACUCAAUAUUACCGACGCCACACCGCCUUUUACCUUUUUAGUUCACAAAUUACUAACCACAGUCUUGAUCUUAAAUCACAAAGAAGCAUUGCAGCAUAAAUAGCAUCUACAAUGUGCCGAAAUUUGCCGAUAUCACUGCAUGAACUAGAGAGUAGUUCUUACUGAUUAAGCAAAACGACAUUUUACGGGAAGAAAAUGGUGUAAAAUGUCAAAUAAAAUCUUACUUGACAAAACAAAA